AUGGACAUGACAAUCGCCUCGAAGAAUCACACUCUAAACGGCAGUGGCAGUGGCAUCGGCAGCAGCAGCAGCGGCACCGGCAGCUGCAGUUCCAGCUCGGGCCCAGGGGAACACAUCAAGCGGCCGAUGAAUGCCUUCAUGGUGUGGUCCCGGGGGCAGCGGCGAAAGAUGGCACAGGACAACCCGAAGAUGCACAAUUCGGAAAUUUCCAAGAACCUCGGUGCACAGUGGAAACUGCUAACCGAGGGCGAGAAGCGGCCGUUCAUCGACGAGGCGAAACGGUUAAGGGCCCUCCACAUGAAGGAACACCCGGACUACAAAUACCGCCCGCGACGAAAGCCAAAAACGCUCGUGAAAUCGUCGGCUCCAGCCAGCUCAGCCAGCUCCUCGUCGCAGGUAUCCACCAAAGAACCGCUCCGUUCCCACUCGCCGCAGAGUAAAUCACCGUACAGUCCGUCUCCGCUUACCACACCGAUCGGAAUCCCGCCGGGAAUUUUUCCGUCCUACCACUUCGCCUACGAUCUGCACCAGAAGGCAUUCUGGAACCUGUACGGUCCGCAUCUCCUAUCGUCGAUGGUGCCCUCCUAUAGUGUCCCGCCCCAUUCGCCACACCCGCUGGUCUACAUUAAGCCAUCUAAAUCCUCACCCCCGUCACCGAUCACGCCACCCUCACCGAUACCGUCGAGUAACGUCAUCUGA